AAUUUGGAGUGUUUAUUCAAAAAUAGACAAAUAUGUACCCAUUAGAAAAUAGAAUAAGAAUUUAGAUUAUUUCUUUGCGUUAGCAAUAGUCAAUAAUAGAAAAUAGGGUAUAUCAAUUUUCAUCACUAUAAUUAUAUUAAAAUAUAAUGUAGUAUCAAACUUGUAAUACCUCUUAUAAGAUUUCAAAAUGGAAUUCCUUUCGGAAGUUAUUGGUGAAGCGGUUGUGCUGAGUAUUGACUCUCUGAUACUGGGACUUUGUAUAAAACAGCUGAGCAAGUGUAAACAUACCCUCAACACUUUACAGAGUGCUCCAGUUCUCGGAAUUGACUCUAGUCUUCAAAAAGAGAUUAGUAAAUACCCAAAUGAUGUUAUACCCUAUGCUGUAGUCAGAGGACUCGUAAAACCUUUAGGUAAUCCCAUAACCAGUAACUACAAUCAAACUGUAACUGGAGUUAUUCAGAGACUGACAAUAAAAGAGCAUGUGGUGGCAAGAACUUCUGCAGGGUUCUGGUCAGAUCAAACCCGUACCAUCCAUGAGGUUUGCAACUCAACACCAUUUGUAUUGUGCAAUGGAAAAUAUUCUAUUGAAGUCAUUGAUGCAUUAGCUGCUGAACUUUUAGAUUUGGAUGUUAUUUCCGAUAAGUUUGAACCCAUGUCCCCUGGUGUAAUUGAUCAUGUAUGGGGAUUUUUUUCUGGAGUGCGCCAGCGGGGCCUCCAGACAAUGGAAGAAAUGCUCAGGGAUGGAUCUUAUAUUACUGUCAUUGGUGAAAUCAGUAAAAGUAGUGGUGGAAUUAAGAUUCAACCACCAAGAGAUGGUUUGCCAUUAUUUUUGACAACAGCUACAAAAUCAAGCCUUCUGAAAAGGCUAUCAAGUUCAAAGGACUUUCUGAGGAUUUUACUGGUACUAUUUGGUUCAAUAGGUGCAAUUGCAUCUGGUAGAAUAGCAUAUAAAUACAUAAAGCGAAGACGACGUAAGAUAGCUGAAGACGUUAUGAAAAAACAACUGGCAGCUGGAAGAAAAGAACGGAGAGCCCAAAACAGAGAUAAAAAUUUAAGCGAAGUACAGCUUUGUGUUGUCUGCUCAGAAAAUCCAAAGGAGGUUAUACUUUUACCAUGUGGGCAUGUGUGUUUGUGUGAGGACUGUUCGGAUAAUAUUCAAGAUAAAUGUCCAAUCUGUCGGGAGAGAAUAGAUUCCAGAGCACCAGCUUUUAUAACAUAAUGAUUAAAUUUGUCAUUUAUAAAACUGAUUACAUAUUUAUUGAAUCACAUGUUAAUUAAUUAGUUUAUUUCACCUUGAAUUUUGUUGAAUUACAAGUUUAUUGAAAAUCAAAAUAAAUAUUAGAUUUGUAAAUACUAAAAAAUUCUAAGACAAAAUAGUAGUACUUAGUACUGUAUAAAAACACAAUAAAUAAAUGUAAAAUAAACAAA